AUGGCUGCAACCUGUGAGAUUAGCAACAUUUUUAGCAACUACUUCAGUGCCAUGUACAGCUCAGAGGACCCCACUCUGACGUCUGCUCCCCCCGCGGCCACCUUUGGGGCUGAUGACCUGGUGCUGACCCUGAGCAACUCACAGAUGCCUCUGGAGGGCACAGAGAAAGCCAGCUGGUUGGGGGAACAGCCCCAGUUCUGGUCCAAGGCCCAGGUUCUGGAUUGGAUCAGCUUCCAAGUGGAGAAGAACAAGUACGACGCAAGUUCCAUUGACUUCUCCCGGUGCGACAUGGAUGGGGCCACACUCUGCAAUUGUGCCCUUGAGGAGAUGCGUCUGGUGUUCGGGCCUCUGGGCGAUCAGCUUCAUGCCCAGCUUCGGGACCUCACUGCCAACUCUAACGAUGAGCUCAGCUGGAUCAUUGAACUCCUAGAGAAGGAUGGCAUGGCCUUCCAGGAAGCCCUAGGAGACCUGGGCCCUUUUGACCAGGCAAGCCCUUUAGUCCAGGGGCUGGUGGAGGAAUGCUCAUACUACCCCAGCAGCUACAGUGUGGGGGUCCCCUCCCCUGGCAGCUCGGAUGUUUCCACUGCAGGCACUGGCACGCCUCAGAGCUCCCACUCCUCAGACUCUGGUGGAAGUGACGUGGACCUGGAUCCCACAGACGGCAGCAAGCUCUUCCCCAGUGGUGGCUUUCCAGGCUAUAAGAGAGGGGACCCCAAGCACGGGAAGCGGAAACGGGGCCGGCCACGAAAGCUGAGCAAAGAGUCCCGGGAAUGUUUGGAGGGCAAGAAGAGCAAGCAUGCCCCCAGAGGCACCCACCUGUGGGAGUUUAUUCGGGACAUUCUCAUCCACCCGGAACUCAACGAAGGCCUCAUGAAGUGGGAGAACCGGCAUGAGGGCGUCUUCAAGUUCCUGCGCUCCGAAGCUGUGGCGCAGCUCUGGGGCCAAAAGAAAAAGAAUAGCAGUAUGACCUACGAGAAGCUGAGUCGUGCUAUGAGGUACUACUAUAAACGGGAGAUCCUGGAACGGGUGGAUGGCCGGCGGCUUGUCUACAAGUUUGGCAAAAACUCCAGUGGCUGGAAGGAGGAAGAGGUUGCCAGCAGUCGGAACUGA